AUGACCUAUUUUUCUUUCCCUCCCAUUUCCCUUUUUGCAUUUCCUCCUUUUUCUAUUCACUAUCUUUUCACUUUCAUUUCCUACUCAUACUAUUACCCCCAGUCCUUGAACUUGUUCUCAUUCUCCGGCCUCAGUACUCAAUCCUAUCUUCUUUUCCUCUUCCUCUCAUAUGUUUUCUUUUUGUUUCCUAUUAUCUUCAGAGCUUUCUCUCUCUCUCCACUUUUUCUCUCUCGCUUUCUCUCUUUUUCUUUCUUACAAUCUCUUUGUUGUCUUUUAAUUCAUGAAAAACAUGUAGACGCUUGCCUAUCUUAUCUUUCGGUUACAUCUUCCAUUUUUUUUUGUCUUUCAUCUGCUUGUAUUUUGUGCAUUUUCUCUCCUUUCUACUUUUUCCAAGUGUUUUUUUUUUCUCUCCCUAUUCCUAUAUUCAGCGUUCCUAUCUCCUCCACUUCACCUGUUCUUAUUCGCUUUAGCCUCUCAUCACUUGCUUCUCCAGCUUAUCUUCACCUGUCGCACGUUCGUCUCGGCAUUAGACGGAAGCAGACACCCUUUCUGCAAAUUUUAUCCUUAUUUUACGGUUUCUAUCAUUGCCCUAAUAUUUUAAUUCGUUCUUUCCAAUAUUCCGUGUUUCUACAAAUUCCUCUUUGUUUUUUUUUUCUGAAAAUCUUUUCUAUUUUCAUCAAAACUCGUCCUUCUCUGCUUAGUGUGCUAUUCCUCUUUCUUUUACCGCUAAUAUUCCAUUCUUCAUUCUAUUACCGCGUAGUACUUAAUUCCUCCUUCUUUUACCGCUUAUUUGUUAAUUCCUCUUUCUUUUACCGUUUACUCUUUAAUUCCACCUUCAUUUAUUACUUAGUUUUUAAUUCCCCUUCAUUUACCGCUUGGUCUUUAUUUCCUCUUUCUUUUCCCUCUUAG